CUCUGCCUGUUCACACAAGCACUAAGAUUAAUGCCGCACACGCUCACCGCCUCAUCUGGUCAAAUGCACGCCAAAGAAGACGACUUUUCACUCUGAUUGGUUUUGGACCGGAUAUCUUUGCUGGGCAAGGGACAAGAAUUAUCCGUUUGCUUCACAUCAAACAACACAAACCGGGAUUUCUUUUUUCUUUUUCUUCAUUGGCUCACUACUAAAGGGUAACUUUAUUAUUGCACAGGGACCUGCUGCUGCUCCUCCUAUCGCUGACAACUCACUAAACAAGAUGACAUGGCGCCCUCAGUACCGCUGCUCCAAGUUUCGACACGUGUUUGGUAAAGCUGCGACCAAAGAGAACUGCUUCGAUGGCGUGCCGAUCACACGCAGCGUCCAGGACAACAACUUCUGUGCGGUCAACCCUCGUUUCCUGGCCGUCAUCACUGAAUGUGGCGGAGGGGGGGCCUUCCUAGUGUUCUCGCUGCAUCAUACGGGUAAGUUGGACCCUCAUCACCCUCGAGUAUCCGGUCAUAGAGGCAACGUGCUGGAUAUCAAAUGGAAUCCAUUCAACGACUACUGCAUUGCUUCCUGCUCUGAAGACACCACGGUCAAAGUGUGGGAAAUCCCUCCUCAUGGCGUGAUGAAAAACCUGACGGUGCCCUGGAAGGACCUGCAGGGUCACAGUCGCAGGGUCAGCCUUGUUGAGUGGCACCCGACCGCAAACAACAUCCUCUUCAGCACAGGCUACGACUACCAGGUCAUGAUUUGGAAUCUGGACUCUCCAGAGCAAGUGAUAAAAAACCCCGUGCGGACCAUCACGCAGCACUCUGACGUGGUCCUGUCCAUGUCCUUCAACACAGACGGCAGCCUCCUCGCAACCACAUGCAAGGACAGGAAGGUCCGGCUGAUGGAGCCGCGCACCGGAAACCUGCUGCAGGAAGGCAACAGCAAGACGCACAAAGCCAGUAAGGUGUUGGUCCUGGGAAACAUGAAGAUGCUUGUCACAACCGGUACUUCCCGCUGGAAUGAGAGACAAAUAGCUCUUUGGGAUCAGGAGGAUCUGUCCGUGCCUUUGCUGGCGGAGAACCUGGACGGCUCCUCAGGAGUCCUCUUCCCUUUUUAUGACCCUGACACACACAUGCUGUACCUCGCUGGCAAGGGGGAUGGGAACAUCCGUUAUUACGAGAUCAGCUCAGAGAAACCCUACAUCCACUACCUGACCGAUUACCGCUCACUUCUACCUCAGAAAGGAAUGGCUGCGAUGCCAAAGAGAGGUCUGGACGUGAGCUCUUGUGAGGUUUUCCGGUUCUACAAACUAGUGACCAUCAAGAGCCUCAUUGAGCCUGUUUCUAUGAUAGUGCCUCGCAGGUCGGAAUCGUACCAAGAAGACAUCUAUCCGAUGACGGCGAGUAACAGGCCGGCUUUGGCUGCAGAGGAGUGGCUCGGUGGGAUCGACAAAGGUCCAGUUCUGAUGUCUCUAAAGCCCGGAAGUCAACUCCCAGAGUCUCAUUCAGAAAUGAAGGGGCUGGCUAACUCCACAGACACUCGCAGGUCUCAGAGCAGACCGGGCAUGCUGCCACUCGCCUAUAUUCAGGACCGACCGGAAACCAAAGACGCUAAAGAGGCCGCCGGACGCGCAGACGACGACAGGAUUUCGCUGACCAACGGGGAGGACCUCGCACUUUGCUCGCCUCCCAAGACUGAAAACGAGCUGCGUCAGAAGUUCCACAAGCAGCAGGAGGAGAUCCGGCGGCUACGGGAGCUUCUGGGUCAGCGGGACGUGCGCAUCAAACAGCUGGAGCUAGAGAUCAAGAACAUCAAGAACUCCCAGCCCGCCCAGACUCACCCGACCUGCUGAGUCACAUGCAUUCCUGCUCUGCACCCCUUUUCCAAUUGAUUUUAGUCUCAAUUUUUACCUUUUUUGUCUUUUUUUUUUCCCAACUCUAAAGACACAGACUUUGUUGAUGCGCUUUUACGCUGCACCUUUUGACGUCUCACUCGUUUGUGUGCUUCACAUCUAUGCAAGUUUGCUGUCAUGUUCUAUGCUUGUAGCUGAUCUCAGGAUGACUGAUGCGGUCGGUCGGUCGGGACGGAACGAUGUGUCCAUGUGAGAGCAGUUGUAGGGAAAAGCUGUUGCUGUUUUUGAUUGUAACAUAACACUGAACAUAUUUUCUGUGCUGUUUUUGUGUCUCAAUAUUUAAUCUACUGUAAGUGGAGAUGUUCAAGUCAUUUAGGUGUGGUUGUAUGUAAGAAUGAUGAGAUCCUGAACCCGGAUGUGUUUCGCUGUUCCACCUUCUUUUUUUGUAUAUUUUUUUUAUUUUUAAGUAAACUAGAAAUCUGUUUUGCAACAUGUCAGCCAAAUCAGUAACGAAUGUUGUGGACGAGUCUGAAACCAAAUAUUUGUAUUUAUUUUAAAAUACGGUUAGAGGAUUUAUUUGAGCGUUUUAAUUCAAUCAUGUUGUCUUUUUUGGGAAAAAUAUAGAAAAAGAAAUGCUGAAACGAAAAAAGUGGUGUUUUUUUUUACAUUUUCAAUCCGACUUUAAUGAGAAACGACAUUGUUUGUUUGUGUUGUAAAAUUAUAUUUCUUUACACCUGAAAGUUUUUUUUUUAAAGUGAUAUCAAGGUUGUAGAAUUUAGGCAAUACAAUUCUAAAUUUAAAAACAGGAUUUUCUUUUAAAGGAAACACAUCCAAAAGUGUCUUUAAUGGUGACUGCGGUGAGAAGCAAAGAUGCAUUCAAGUGCUGCUAAUCAAAAACGGAUACAUUGAUCAUCAACAGUCUUUUAGUGACUGGCUGUCCCGGAGCAUUGUUUACGUAUUCACCAUAUUGUCUUAUUAAUUACACUUGACCAGUCAACAACCUUUCAGAAUAAAGCAAACGAUGCAUUUUUGGAUGCUA